UUGAAAGACUAUUGGAAAAUCGGCGCACUUUUCCAACCAGCUGUUUUUGACAGUCCCUUUAAAAGCGCAAUCGCAUUUCAAGAAAAAAAAUUGUUUAGUUGAAAGUUUAUCCUGUUUGUAAAUAUGAUACGCAUAUUGCAAUGUUAAGAUAUAUUUUAUGUGAUUGGUAAAGAACAAAAUUCAUAAAUUAGGGUGAAAAAGAAUGAAUGAAUCCUGGUACAAAACAGUGUAGAAACAUGUGUAAAUCAACAAAUGAAGACUCACUUACAGCUAGUGAUCGACGAAUCUAUUGGGCAAAGAACCCUUUUUCAGCUUUUGACAUCAGAGAAUUUGCAUGUGGUUGGGGCGCCGCAUUUGUCAACAUUACAGCCACAUACCCUAUUCACAAAAUCAUCUUCCGGCAAAUGCUUCAUGGUGUAAAGGCAAGUUCUGCCUUUCAGGAAUUACGUCAUGAAGGAAUCUCAUUUCUCUAUCGUGGCAUGUUUCCACCAUUGGCACAAAAAACUCUAUCACUUUCCCUGAUGUUUGGAGUAUAUGAAGGAACUCGAAAGCCACUUGUGGAAUACUUCAAUGUGAAUCCGUACAUGGCAAAAAUAUGGGCAGGCAUUAUUGCAGGAACUGCGGAAACGUGUUUAAUGCCCUUUGAAAGAAUCCAAACUCUCUUAGCAGACUCUGCGUACCACAAAAAUUUUAAAAAUACACCUCAAGCAUUCAGAUACGUAUUAAUAGGAUAUGGCUUCAAAGAACUCUAUCGAGGAUUUUUGCCCAUACUCUUCCGAAAUGGACCAUCGAAUUCAAUGUUUUUUAUUCUCAGGGAAGAGGCCAAUUCAAGACUCCCUCAUCGGGACAAUACUUUAUAUCAAAGUGUACAAGAAUUCUUCGCUGGAGCUCUGAUUGGUGCCAGCAUCAGUACGAUAUUCUAUCCACUGAACGUAGUGAAAGUCUACAUGCAAAGUACAAUUGGAGGUCCUUAUAUGAAUUUUAUACCAGUCUUUAUUCAUAUAUAUCGCGAAAGAGGCUGCAAAUGGCGCAAUGUAUAUAAAGGUAUAAGUAUUAAUUGCACAAGGGCGUUUUUUAGUUGGGGCAUCAUGAAUACGGCUUAUGAGCAAAUUAAAAAAAUUAUAUAUUAAAAAAAGGUAUAUUGGCAGUGGUCGCAGUGGUAAAGAAUGCAAAAUGUGUAUUUCGUAUGGAAGUUUCUGUAGCUAAAUAAAUCCUCAUGUUUCUAGUCUUAAUUUUACAUGUAGGUUAAACAUGAACAAGUAGUCCUGACGUGCCCGAUUUGAGUGAAAUAAAUUUUCUUCUGCAUUUACAACUCCAUUGGUGCUCCUGUUGAAGCACAAAUGUCAUUAGCCAAAUUAUUUUGUCGCCCCAAAUGUAUGUAUUUUUUUAAGUAAUAAAAUUGUUGUUUUUUAAA